UAUCCGCCCAUAUUCGCGUAAAGGAGGCCAACCUGAGCAGCUAGGCCGGACGCUGGAUCAAAUGGAAAGUUCAAUCGAUUAAUUUGUCCACUUUUUCGCAUGUUGCCGCUUGCUUCUGAGACGAGGUAGACCGACUUAAAUGCGGGCGUUUUGGUGUGAAAUAGGAAAUGCAGAGAUCGUGUGAAACGAGAGGAUUAUCAGCUUGACUUGUUUGGUCGCUACUUCGGACGCGGAACUCCACUCGCUAAAAGGUGAAUCAUGACAGAAUAUAAGCUGGUAGUGGUGGGAGCUGGAGGUGUUGGCAAGAGCGCACUUACCAUUCAGCUCAUCCAGAAUCACUUUGUGGAUGAAUAUGACCCCACCAUUGAGGACUCCUAUAGAAAGCAGGUAGUGAUCGAUGGAGAGACAUGUCUGCUGGACAUCCUGGACACUGCAGGUCAGGAGGAGUACAGCGCCAUGAGGGACCAGUACAUGAGGACAGGGGAGGGUUUCCUCUGUGUCUUUGCCAUCAACAACACCAAGUCCUUCGAGGACAUUCACCACUAUAGAGAACAGAUUAAGCGGGUGAAGGACUCUGAGGAUGUCCCCAUGGUGUUGGUGGGCAACAAGUGUGACCUCCCGUCCCGGACAGUGGACACCAAGCAGGCUCAGGACUUAGCACGCAGCUACGGCAUUCCCUUUAUUGAGACCUCAGCCAAAACCAGACAGGGCGUUGAUGAUGCCUUUUACACAUUAGUGCGAGAAAUCCGGAAGCAUAAGGAGAAGAUGAGCAAGGAGGGCAAAAAGAAGAAAAAGAAGUCCAAGACAAAGUGUACACUUAUGUGAAUAAUCACCCCUUUUCAAGACAGACUAAAAAAGAGAAACUAUGUUGAACAGUUAAAGUAAUACAUUUUGUACAUUACACUAAAUUAUUAGCUCCUUCUCAAUACCCACCAUACUGAAUACUAAACCUUACCUGAUUUUUCUGCCUUUCUGUUAUUUGCUACUUUGACAUCAAUAAGCUUUAUUUUCAGUUUAGUGCCAGUUGCCCACAUGUGUUGGUCCAACAGCCUGUUUGAUUUUAUAAGAUGAUGAUGAUGAUGAUUUGGACAAUUUUAUAUAAAUGCAGAGCUGUGAGCUAAUUGCAUCAGAGCUCAUGUUUGACAAAUUAUUCAUUAAUAAUUUAUGAUUUUUUUCCCUUUGCUUAAAAGGUCAUGACCUGCAAAAGUUCUGUAAUGCCCUUUUUUUAAGUAUGGGAUGCCAAAGAAAGAAUUUCCAUCCCGAUUCUUGUUAACAAAAUGGACAUGAAGAAAGGACCAACAUUCAGCCAGAUGAGAUCCAAAUGUCCCAGCCACUGUGUAAUGUCCCCAUCUCUAAUGACCUCUAGGUAUGACUAAGUUAUGUCACUGAUAUAAGUAUGCAUGCAGACUCCUACUCUUCUCCGAAUGUUUUAAUACCCUAAUUAGCUAUUAAUUAAUUUGCAUUUUGUCAAUGCUUUGUACUAUGUGGGGAGUGAUUUCUUGCCUACAUGAGAAGUUGUUUUUUUUUUCUUCUUGCAUGCAUUGUGUCCAAGGUGACAUGGGUAUUGCAAACUGCCUCUGGUUGAUACAUUUAACAGAGCCAGCAAUGAGGAACUCUGACCCAAGUCUAGCUUUUCAGGUUUAUAAAUAGUGAUCAAUAUUUGCUUUUGUCAGAAAGAAAUCAGCCAUUUUUGCGCGAUAAAUGACAGAUUCAAAGAUCCAUGAUGGUAUGGAUUUUUACCCAUUUUGUGGUGAUAAAAUGGGACUAGCAGCCUCAUUUUGUGUUGGUCAGAGUCAUUUUAUGUUGCAGGGAUUGAUGCCACGUCACAAGCUAAUGUUGAAAGGCUUGUUUGACCUUACUGGUUACAUAUUUCCUGCUUUUCUUUCCUCUAAGGCUUGACUGCAGGAUUUUUAUUCAUCCUGACAAUAAUCAUUUUAUUGCAAUUUGUUACACAAGGUUGUCAAUUAAUGAAUUAACAAUUAAAGGGUAUACCUGUCAAUAUUUUCCUGAUAGAGGGCAUAAUAUUUAAACAGAAUGUUUGUUAGGUUAAAUACUAAAUUUGAGGGUUUUUGAUUCUCCAGUAGCUGCGACAGAGGUGUCAUGCUUAGCGCAUUUUCCUAAACUGUUGACUCGUUCGCUUGUGACUGGCUAGAAAGCAAAAUGCAUCUUUUGAGCAGCUUUCAGGAAUAUUUCUCUUGGUGUGGUGUCACAGAGGUUGUUCAAAAUGUUGUCCAAAUGGAUUUUCAGAUUCUUCCAUAUCUGGAGCUUUUGAAAGAGCUUUUGGAUUCAUUUCCCAAACUGACAUUUUUUGGUGGGCUGCCUUUCAACAGAAAUGAUUGUCCAGCAAAAUAAUUUGUCACCUUCUCUCACCAAGCUCAUGUAUCGUGGUGAUGUAACUGGAACUGAUGUUUGUAAAUGAGGCAAUAAUUGCCGUAAAAUUGGUUUUUAGAGAAAACUGUCUGAAUUUAUAAAAAAAAAAGUCCUAGUUUCUUUCCCGGGUCAACCCAUAUUUCACCUUUUUACAUCAUAUUUACAAGCUGUUCCUUGGGGGAAUUUUUUAUUUGCCUUUUAUUGUUUGCAUUAGGUGCUACACUUAGACGGUAGAAAGAGCCAAGACAACAUUUACUUUGUCCUGUGUGCCCGUGAAAUACACAAAAUGCUGUUUUAGGGGAGUGAUGGUAUUGACACAGGAAAUCCAGACAUGACACCUUUUGCUUUCAGGAUUAAUGAAUUUUGACCCAGUUUAUUAUUACCUCUUUUUCUCAUGAAGUAGUUAAUAACUGUUAAUGCGAUUUUUAAUUAAGCAACCCUCUUGUUAACAAUACUGUUUCAAAAGUAGUUUUACUGAAAUGUUUGAAAUGUUCCUCUUCCUUUUUUUGCGUGCCAACAGCUGAUUUCUGAAAUGUAUCAUUUAUACCUGGAUCGUAUUUUAACAACCUUUGUAUAGUUGUGAUACUGAAAGGUGCAUAUUUUGUAAAUUGUGCUUCAUUUCGUUGGUGUGUCUAAAUGAAUGUUGCUUUAAUGGAGUUUCACUCCGCUCUGUGUAUGUGACUAGAGUGUGACUGGGUCCAGGUCUCGGGAAGUGAAUGAAUGACCACUUUACAACACACCUGUUGUGGGCAGUGUAGAGUGGUGAUCUGAUCUCAAAUGAGUCUAUUUUUUGCCAUGAAUCUCACCACUCCUAUUUAAUGUGUAAUAAAGAACAAAGUAAAGAGGA